GACAUAGACUUUUCAAGAUGAAUAAUUCUUGCCAAAUCAAAUCUCCUUCGCUGGCUGCUGCUGCUGCAAAAUCAGUUUCGUCUGCCCGCCCAACCCCAUUAUAUCAAUUCAGCUAUUUCUAAAUUAACAGUCUCCGAAACAGAGGAUCGAUCUAUUUUGUGCAUGCUUCUAUUUAGAAAUAUUUGGCAAUCUCAACUCUCCAAGCUGCAAUGUCCACAACUCUCCUCCUCUUGUUCAUCCUUACAACAUUAGCUCAUUUCUCCCAUGCUAAUCCUCCCUGCCCUCCUUCUUCGUGUGGCGUUAUUCGUAACAUCAGCUACCCUUUCCUCCUCAAGGGCGACCCCAGCAACUGCGGCCAUCACAUAUUAACAUGUCACCACAAUCUCACCUCCAUCUCUCUCAACUCUCGAAACUUCUAUGUCAAAGCCAUCGACUACCAAAACUCCACCAUCAGAGUGGCUGAUGCUUCCCUCAACUAUGACAACAUAUGCUCUUUCCCCAUCUCUUCUACUUAUUAUAAUUAUCGAUUUUCCGAUGAUUCUGAUUACAGUUACUAUAUCCCAAUAAAUUAUAAUUCUACCUAUCCAUAUGAUUAUAAAGCCACCCCUAUCAAUUUGAUGAGCUGCCCUAAUCCCAUGAAGAAUUCAUCCCUCUACACCAACAUUUCUACUAAAUGUUCUCGAAUGAAUGAUAGAUCAUAUUCAUAUAUAAAGGUCGGACGCAUGAGUGCCUCAGAGGUACCGCAUCUGUGCGGACUAGAUCUCAUAGCGAUGACGUCGUGGGAGUUUCAUGAUCAUAAAAAUGUAUCUCUUUCAGAAAUCCACCACUCUCUCUUGUAUGGAUUUGAACUCACCUUCUGCAAAGACUGCAGAGCUGAUUUGCUGUCUGGUCUCUCAUUCUGGUGGGUUGUAUAUGAAGUGCUGCUUCUCCCAGCUUCUCUACUCAUUUUAGGGAUGCUAUGUGCAGUAAUAGGCCCUCCUAUAUUCACUCUCUUUGGAAUCGCAGCUCUAUCAACGGGCUUAUUUCUAACUUGGUAUCUAUACAACCACAUAUCCAUACAAUACGGCUAUGGUUUGUCACCCGCUCAAAUAGGCAUUGCAUCAGUAAUAGGUUUGCUAUGUGCAGUAAUAAGCCCUCCUAUAUUCAUCCUGUUUGGAAUCGCAGCUUUGUCAACGGCUUUACUUCAACCUUUCCUUUUGGAAUACGGCAUAACCAUACCACCACGCUACAAUAUCCUAGCUGAUUAUGGACAAGGCUUGGAAUUAGUAAUCGAAUUGAUCAUCUUGCUACCAAGGUUUAUCCUUUUUCCUGUUGCUAUGUGGCUUUUGAUCAAGAAAUUUCGGAGAAGGCAUAGGUCCAUGUAUACAAGAAUCGAAAGUUUCUUACGAAGUGACAACCAACUCACACCAAUUAGAUAUUCAUAUUCAGACAUUAAGAAGAUGACAGGAGGCUUUCAAGACAAACUAGGUGAAGGUGGCUACGGUUCUGUCUAUAAAGGGAAGCUCCGAAGUGGCUUUCAUGUGGCAGUCAAAUUACUCGGGAAAUCUAGAGGAAGUGGACAAGACUUCAUGAAUGAAAUUGCAACUAUUGGAAGGAUCCAUCAUGUCAAUGUGGUGAAACUUGUUGGAUAUUGUGCACACGGCUCCAAACGUGCACUUAUCUAUGAUUUUAUGCCCAACGGUUCCCUUGAAAAAUAUCUUUUCAAUAGAGACAAAACAAUCUCAUUGAGUUGGGAUACGAAGUUUGAGAUUGCAGUUGGUGUUGCUCGUGGGAUUGAGUAUCUACACCGAGGGUGUGAUGUUCAGAUCUUGCAUUUUGACAUUAAGCCUCAUAACAUACUUCUUGAUGAUGACUUCAUCCCAAAAAUAUCAGAUUUUGGGCUAGCAAAGUUUUUCUCAACGGAUAAAACCACGGUGACUAUGACUGCUGCUAGAGGAACCAUAGGAUACGUUGCCCCUGAACUGAUUAGCAGAAGUAUUGGAGCAGUCUCUUACAAGGCUGAUGUUUAUAGUUUCGGGAUGUUGUUAAUGGAAAUGGUGAGUUUGAAGAAAGACUUGAUAGGGAACAAUGACAAUUCGAGUCAAUAUUUUCCGAAUUGGAUAUAUGACUACUUUAACCAAGGGAAGGACAUUGAAGUUGUGAAUAGUGGUGAUGAUGAAAACUAUGAUGAUAGUUGGAGGAAAUAUGGUCGGAAGAUGACAAUAGUUGCAUUAUGGUGCAUACAAAUGUGUCCUGACCAUCGUCCCUCAAUGAACAAAGUGUUGGAAAUGUUGGAAGGUGAUGUUGAACGUCUAAAAGUUCCUAAUUAUCCUUCUCAAUCUACUCAGAUCGUCGUUGAUCAAACAUGUUCGACAGAUUCAGUAUCAUUGCUGGAACAUGAAGAUGCUUCAACCAGUGUUGAGAUUAUAGUUGAAUAAUUGCAUGUCAUGCCAUAUAGUUCUAGUUCGCCUAAAUAUUGUAAAAUGUCCUAGUAUUUAGGUUUAUGUGUGUGUGUCCCAUGCUCUAAUAAAUCGAGUUUACUAAAAUGUGCUUGAUAUCUUAGAUUUAUAACUUUGGGUUGUGAUGUUAGCAUAUGGGCCUCGGACCAAAAAAAUAUUUUGUGUUAAUGGAUUGUCAUUGAGCCACAACUUAAAA